AUGGCUGAAGAAAAUCAUACCAUGAGAAGUGAGUUUUUCCUCACAGGAUUUACAGGUCACCCAGAGUUGAAGAGCCUUCUGUUUGUGGUGUUCUUUGCCAUGUACCUGAUCACCAUGGUGGGGAAUCUUGGCCUGGUGAUACUGAUUCCAAGAGAGCAUCAUCUUCACGCACCCAUGUACAUCUUUCUGGGCAACUUGGCUAUUGUGGACUCUUGCUGUGCCUGUGCCAUCACUCCUGAGAUGUUAGGGAACUUCUUCUCUGAGAACAGAAUGGUUUCCCUCUGUGAAUGUAUGGCACAGUUCUAUUUCCUUUGCACUGUUGAAACCGCGGACUGCUUUCUCCUGGCGGCAAUGGCCUGUGAUCGCUAUGUGGCCAUAUGCAGCCCACUGCAGUACCACACCAUGAUGUCAAAGAAACUCUGCAUUCAGAUGAACACAGGGGCCUACAUAGCUGGAAACCUGCAUCCCAUGAUUCAUGUAGGGCUUCUAUUUAGGUUAGCUUUCUGUGGAUCUAAUCACAUUAACCACUUUUAUUGUGAUAUUCUUCCUUUAUACAGACUCUCCUGUGUUGACCCUUAUGUCAAUGAGCUGGUACUAUUUAUCUUUUCAGGUUCAAUUCAAGUCUUCACCAUAGGCGGUGUCUUAAUAUCUUACUUCCACGUUCUCUUUACUAUUUUCAAAAUGAAAUCCAAAGAAGGAAGGGUCAAAGCCUUUUCUACCUGUGCAUCCCACUUUUUAUCUGUUUCAUUCGAAGUGAAAUUACACGGAGAAAAUACACAAAUUACAUGUAAAAUAUUGGAAUAUAGCAUAAUGAAAUCAAUUUAG